UAUAUGUUAACCUCGAGACCGAGCUGUGGCGUUCACCUGGGGGGAGGUACCAUCUACGUUUACACUAAAGGUAUGUUCCCGUGCAAAACAAAUUCCAAUAUGGAUCAGGAGAAGUCAUCUCAGUGGGAAGACAUACGAAGGAAAAUACACGAGGCGAUCGAGAAAAAAGAUCAUGUCCAGGUACAAGAAUGCCUCCGAGCAGCACCUCAUCUGAGGCUAUGGUUGCAUCCUGAAACGAAAAAGUCGGCCAUGUACAUAGCGGUGAAGGAGAAAGCUUUCUACAUCUACAGUCUGCUGCUGUCGCACAACAGCGACAGGAUUGAACGACAUGAACUUCAAAGACAGCGCAAGUUUGUAACGAAAUAUGAGGACUCCUACGUAAACCAGUUAAAAAGAAGGACGGCGAGUCAGACGAACAUCCCCGAGUUUGCAACGAAAAUCGACCACAUUUUCCACGUACUCGACAGCAUUAAGUUACUUCGCCCGAUUCUACAGGUAUCUGCUCUGGCGCACCAUCUAAAUAUUCGAUUCGACUUCGAGAGAUGUGAUGUUCAGCCGAUGAUAGGGUGUCGGAAUAGAUCCAAUUGCGGAAUAACGGACUACGAAGCGGAAGAAAUUUUUAUUGCAGCGGGGUCACUUCCUCUCAACGAAGUUAUUGGAACGCUGCAUGGAGGAAGGAAACACAGGAGCGGCCCUUCGAAGUUUUUGCCAUUGGGACGGGCGUGCCAACUUCGCACUGCAUUCUGGGAUGCUCCUGUCUACCAUGUGACCGCUCACAUGACCCCAAGAGCAUGCGCAGGCCAGCUUCCAAAGCAGACGAGAGGAGUCGUGAUUGCCUUGCAGUUCAGAUAACUGCAUUGUGAUGAACGCGGCGCGUCCAGCUUUAUUUGUGUGUGUUCGGAGGUUUACUCUUAUUUUACCCUUCUACUACAAGACCGGUCAGGAUCUGCAGGACAACCACGCAGGACUAGAAACAUCAUUCGCGGCAGCGAUGUUUGUGUGACGACGUGGCCGCGUUUUGUGUGUUUGUUGCUGAAGUGGUAAAGCGUGCCAGUAAUCAAAUUUGUACAACGAUGGAGGAAAUCAAUUGAAUCUGCAGCUGUAGCACAGCGCCAGCUUGGAAAGGAACGAUUCAAGAUGACUCUCUCACAGACAGGGGUACGAAACACACCGAUCAAGUACGUACUUACGAAUGAAACGUUAUUCCCGCGACAGAGCUGCUACCUGUUGAACGAGAGCCGCAACCGCGGUAAGAACACGUUAACAAAACGUUGUUUCCGCAGUGGUGCUCACAUGUUAAGAGUAAGUGACUUUGGAAAAGCAUAAAAGCACGAAAAGCAGCGCUAGCAACAAAGCGUUGCCAAACCGAAACUUUAGAGAGGAUCACGUGGUGGACAGGAAGUAAUGGCGGUUUUGACAGAGGCGACCGCCAGAGGGGUCCCACGCAAAUCUGCUCGAAACGGCCGCUCCUGUGUUUCCUUCCUCCAUGGAACGCUGGCCCACGAGCUUUGUCAUUUCGCCCUCCAUGCGGUGUAUCGAAAUGGUGGAAAGCCUUAUCAUAGCCACGUUAUGGAGAGGAAACUCAAUUAUCAGAAGAUCAUUGGACAAAUUGAGAAGAGAAAGGAAAAAUUAGACGAGAUACUCAGGUUGGCCCUCGACUACGAUGAGGAGGAGGAAAUGAUUGUUCGUGUGCCUCAUAUUCUCGCACUGCACAGCAUUUCCGGACAAGGAAUAGAAGUAUUACGGUCACAGACGCCGGAAUUGCUUCAAUUCUACCAGCAGUAUAUUGUUCCGGAUCUGGUUGCACACAGCCUGAUUGCUUCUCCGAGUAAAGAUGCACAUAAUAUUAUGACGGAAAAUAUCAGACUCGACAAGGCACGCAGCACCGAAGCACUGGGGGUAGUGUUUGGGGAGCCACUAAAAAGCUUGAACACGGAGAAUGUUCCACUCCUGGUUCUUGCAGGUCGCGAAGUCUCGCUACUCGAGAUACUUGUUCACGAUUAUGUCAAGUCUACGGGCUUGUCAUACAUAUUCUUCGAUGCCUCCCAGUAUGACGAAAUCUUAGAGGAUGUGUUGGUCGUGAACAAAUGCAACCUUGUGCUUAUUACGUGCGACGAUAGAGAAAAAAAUUGUAAAAUACUCAAAGUGCUCAGCGAAAUUUCCGAUGUGGUUGACCCGAAAGUCAUUCUGAUCGUUCGAGAGGAUGAGAAAGCACACUUCGUUGAAAAAGUUCGGACCGACCAGUUCUUUUCGAGCAAGUACGAUGUCGCCGAUGUCGACACGGCGCACAUGAAAAACAUCACCCUAGAAUGCAAGGAUCGGAUCAGAAAGGCGUCCCGCAUCCGUUUCCAAGAAUGUAAUUACAGGUUUGAACUUCAGGACGUCAUAGAUUUCGACAACUUUUCAGCUUUCAUCGAUACCUCAACCUUCCUGGGGCUCUGUAAGACGCCUGACAUAGUCGUAGGACCCACACCUUGUGGAUUAAAACACGAUGUUGGUGAAACGUACGUCAAACGGAAACUGAAACGGUUUACUGAGGUGAACGAAGCAAAACUUCAUUCUCCCAGCGACGCAUUUGCUUUCUAUGGAUGUUCCGGAGAGACAGUUUCUAAGUUUCUUCCACCUCACCAACGGGUUCAGAAAAGUUGGUGCUGUGGCAACUUUGAAAGGUUUGUUCUUCACAACGACAUUGAGCAACAUGAGUACAUGGUGAAAGCGUAUCUUCAAAACAACAAAGUGAUACAUCUGCUGCAGUACAGCGAGAUUCCGGGAAUAUCUGUCAAGACUCACUCGAAGUGCCCUGGACGUUUUCCAUUCAUGGAAGUAGUGUACCAUGACGAGGAUGACCUCCUGCAGUUACCGGAAAAAGUUGUCGUCGUCUGUGGUGCUCCCGGAAUCGGCAAGAGCGCGUUGGCAUCUCGGCUGUCCGAAGAACUGAAAAAACAUGCAGGUACGAAGAGAUGCGUGCUGCACGUAGACCUGCCAAACAAAGUUGAAUCAGUUGUCACGGAAACGGAUGCCGGAUACUUGCUACAUUUGGCCGAUUUAUGCGGAGUACAGAAAACAGGGCUGGAGUUCUUCUUGUUUCAGCAAAGUGUGCAGAAUGGGAUCCCCUUCGAGAUUUUUAUAAUUUUCGAUGCAUUUGACGAAAUCAAUCGACACUGGCGCAACUACAUUCUUAAACUUGUUGAAUAUUUAACUACAACGCAAGUUUCAAAGACCUUUAUAAUGAGCCGCACAAUUUUUAAGACCGUGAUACAGGAUACCAUUCGUACCAUUCCUUUUGAACUCGCUCCAUUUUCGUACUCUGAUAACGUUGAUUAUAUGAUAAAGCACUGGAGCGCAAAUGGAAUGACUGGCGUCUCCUACGAGGAACUACGUACAAGGGCCGAGCUGGUGCUUCAGCCGUACCUGGUGGCCAUGGGCUUCCCUAACACACCCCUUAAAAUCCCAAUGUUCACUAGAAUUAUUGCUCAGCUGGAACAAAAUUCAGAGUUCCACGAAGAGGCAAGUUUUCGCAAAAGCACCAACAUCUUUGAUAUCUACAGAACGUUCGCAGACUGCAAGUACGAAACUUACCAGAAGCAAAAGCUGCAGCUAAAGCUUAAUACGUUCGCUUCAGCUGGAGAAUAUGCCGAAAAGACUACGGAAAAAGAGUUCUACCAUGUACUGGGUCUUCUAGCUGUGAAUGCCAUUUUUGAUGACGAACUGAUCGAGACGCUGACAGAGAGGAGCGUCCUGGAGCCAGGCGGACCUCUUAUGCGAGACGUGGCUGACGGUCUCAUUGGACAUGGAAUAGUUGAUGGCCUACAUGAUGGGAAUCCAACUUUCAUUCACAGGACGAUCGCCGAAUUCUUUGCAGCCCAUUUUCUGUUUUGCAAGAUUAAGAAAGCUGGAAGCAACAUUUCCAGGCUGGUGACGGCAGUGUUAGGACUGUAUGUGGAAAGUAACUAUGAGCAGGUUGUGAUGUUCCUCGAUCAUUUCGCAACCGAAUCCUUCCCCUUGCAUUCCGCGAUUAUCCGUGGAGAUACUUCCUCUCUAACAGGCAUCAGAGAAGAAGACGUGUACGAGCUAGACCAUCUAGAUCGAGCGCUACUCCACGUAGCGGCGCUGCAUGCAGACCCAGCAACCCUGAAGGCGCUCCCAGUUAACGAGUCACCGAUACGGAAAGACAAGCUUGGAAUGACUCCCAUCAUGUACGCAGAAAAACUGCGAGAAGGGAGUGUAUUCGACAUAAUCUGUGACUGCUUCUCCAAUGCUAGCUCCGACUUGGCCGAAGAGUUUCCGACCGCCUUCAGAAAUGCCACGACAGAGAAAUCUCUCCGGAAGUCUGUGUUCUACGAAGUCGUAAAGGCGAACCGCUGUUCCCCGUUAAGGCUCCUUCUGAGCCGAUUGUGCAGGAAACGCAGCGAGUGUCGCCAGGGAAUUAAUCCCGAUCUUGUAGACGUCGAUACUAUCAGGGAUGAGGAGGGGAGAACUCUAUUGUUUUACGCAAAUACGACGGCUGUGCUGGAACUGCUCCUGCCAUACUGUGAACUUCUGGCAAUAGAUAAAUAUGGCUAUACUGUGUUGCAUUAUAGAAUCACGUGGCAUCAACAGAAAAGCCCGUCUUCUCUCGGGACGAUUGCCUUCGAGGAGGUAGAGUUUCUUAUUCUCCAUUCCACUGCAGAUUUUCGGAAGAGCUGGGAGACAACUCAUUUUCAGCAGACAGCAGAAGAAGUGGAGACCAAGUUAGUGAAAUUGUUGCUGCUCCGAUCGCUGAGGAGUCCCGCCGCAACGUGGCGCUCGAUGCUGCUGCAAUCCUCAUGCCAGCUUCACGUCAUCAACUUGCUUCUUCCUCAUGCCUUGAUGUGCAAUCCUGCAGUGAACACAGUCUUUUCACCUUAUUCGAGCGACAAAUCGAAGGCUACCGGAGGCGCCCAGUUGGAUUUGUGGAGACCAGGCAGUCAACUGCUUUAUUACUCACCCCAGAAAAUAUGCGAAGUCGUGCAGCGUUCGCACGAUACUCAACUUGAAAAACUUAAAGUCUUGGUUCCUUAUUUCGAAACCGGCGAUCUUAUUAAAUAUACGAUGCAGUUCAUAUCGUCGGAUAUACUCUACGAAGCAAAGAACCUUGCCGUGCUGAAACACGUACUUCUCCGUUUCGACACUUUGUUUACGGACAAAGACGACUACGCAGCAUUGCACCUCUGUGCUAGACUUGGAAAGGUAGACGAAAUCAAGAUGUUACUUCCCCAUUCGAAUCUCUUUGUUACAGAUAAAGAAGGAGGAAGCGCUUCCCAACUUUCAUGCGUAGCAUCGAGGAAAGAAGUGACUGACUUGUUCGAUCGGUGGAUGAUGAAGACUAAAAAAGCAGGACAAUGCGCUCCAUGAAGCAACGUCGUCAGCAUUGCGUCAUGUGAUUAUUCACGCACGAGGACGUUAUUGACGAAGAAUAAAUACGACCAAGUUUUCAUUA